UCGGCGGCAUUCCGGUACUAUAUCGCUGCUCUUGUCUGUCUGGCGGUGUUGCUGUGCAACUUUCUUGCGGCUGGACCAACCGUCGCAAUCGAGCAGACAACCGUCGAUUUCCUUGGGCCAAUGGGCUCAGAUGCUAGUGCUCACAUUGCGCGGGUGUCCUUUUUCUACAGCACCACUUCCCUCAUGCAGGGAGUGGGUAUGCUGUUCUGGAUGCCUUUGAUCAUCAAGUUCGGUCGCCGGCCCAUAUAUGCCAUCUCGUUUGUUCUUUACGUGGGAACGGGCUUAUGGUGUGGGUUUGCCAAAACCUACUCUGUGGAAUUGGCAGGCAGGAUCAUUAUGGGUCUGGCUGCAGGUGCAGGGGAAUGCCUGGGGCCAUUGACAAUCACGGAUAUCUUCUUUCUCCAUGAGAGAGGUGCAGCCAUGUCACUCUACACGGCGGCUUUGUCGGUUGGAGUGGCCGCCGGCAUCAUAAUCGACGGGCUCAUCACCAUCUCGCUCCACUGGAGGUACAUCUACUACGUGGCUACUGCAUUGAUCGGCGGCGUCACUCUGCUCGUCAUUUUUACGUUCCCGGAAACCACAUUUGACCGUAACAGUGCUCUGGAGAGGGAGGCCGCAUCGAAUGUCCCUGUAUGUGCGCGGACAGCGUCAAAGUCAGCUGUAACAUCUGAACAUCACGAAAAUGCUGAGUCCCAGAUAUUACAGAUCGGAAAAAAGCCUUCAUAUCUCAGCUCCCUCCGUCUAUUCAACGGCAUCCAUACCUCUGAGCCGCUGCUCCGCAUUUUCCUCAGACCAAUCGUGCUGAUCAUUCUUCCACCCGUACUAUGGACAUCACUGGUCUUCGCCGUAACGAUCGGGUUUCUCGUGGCCAUAACAUCCAAUUUCGCCACCGCCUUCUCGACAACCUAUAACUUCGCCCCAUAUCAGUCCGGCCUGUGCUUUAUUGCAGGCUUAAUCGGAUCCUUAAUCGGCAUCGCCUUCGGCGGCCAGGUGUCAGACUGGGUGGCGGAUUGGUUCACCCGACGCAACAACGGCAUCCGGCAACCCGAGAUGCGUCUCCCCUCCAUUGCUAUCGGGGGCGUAUGCGCCCCCACGGCCCUAGUACUCUACGGCGUCGGGAUAAACAACAACCUGCACUGGAUAGCCCCAACCGUAGCUCUAGGACUACUAAACUUCGCCAUCGUGCAAGCCACCAACGUCGCAAUGGUCUACGUGAUCGACAGCUAUCGACCGUCCGUGGGCGAGAUAACGGUCUCCAUCCUAGCAUUCAAAGCGGCAUUCGGAUUCCUCUUGUCGUUCUAUACAAACCCCUGGAUCAAUUUGGAAGGAUAUAGCCAGGCGUUUGGAGAAAUGGCCUGUAUCGCUGGCGUUGUUAUCUUGAUCGCCGUGCCGUUUUAUUACUGGGGUAGAGCUGUCCGCCAUCGAACCUGGAAAUGGCGUAUCAUGCAGAAAUACGGCAGAUGGGGGGCUGAUCGUGACGUAGGCGAGUAG